UGCAAAUUUUUACUAAAUCAAUUUUUAUUGUGUUUCUAUUUGUGGGUUGAAAAUAAUCCACAUAGCGCUGGAGGGCUUGAUGAUAAAAACAGUAGCGAAGAGGGGGAAAAAAGUCGAUGCUGGGUAGGAGUGAAAAAUCACACAUUACCUGAUGACUCAUAUCUGUAGGUUCCCACAUCGGGACUGGACUUCUCCCUCUCUCCCUGUAGUCUGGUCUGGUCUGGGACAGAGGCCUGCAGAGGUGUCACUUCACACCUCUGAGGCCCGAGUCUGCUAUAAAGCCUCCCUCCAGCAAGCCCUCCAGCAUCACUGACUCCCUCAAACCACACAGAAUGGACGCGUCUUCUCCUUUCUUCAGCUACUUCACACAAAACUCCUGGAGCUGCCCGAGCUCAGACUCUGACUUCUACAACAUCUCAUCUCCCGAAGCCGUUUCUCCUUCUUCCUACAUGGACUUCUCUCCUUCAGCUCAGCUACAAAGCAGCUCAUCUCCACCUCCCGGAGUUGCGAAGACGCCCGCGUCGGGUUCUUUACAUCAGGAAGGCUCACGUUCCCGUGUAGGAACUAGAAGAACGCGCUGCAAGAACCCGAGCAAGCAAAGACAGAGCGCCAGCGAGAAGGAGAAGCUCAGAAUGAGGGACUUGACCAAAGCUCUCCACCACCUCAGGACUUACUUACCUCCCUCCGUGGCUCCUGCCGGUCAAACCUUGACGAAGAUCGAGACUCUUCGCCUGACCAUCCGCUACAUCUCCUAUCUGUCUGCUCAGCUAGGCCUCAGCGAGGAGUCUCUCUGCCAGAUGAGGAACCUGAGAGCUUCUAGAUACCAAGAAUCGCCUCCAAAUCAGGGCUAUUCCACACCAGAGUACUGGGGACUCAGCACUUCAUGUCAAGAACUGCCUCAGGGACCUUUAGAGCAUGUCUUGAGGAAAACGGAGAUGGAUUCCCGUCAGGUCUGUGUGAACAUGGAAACACCUGCUUAUGACGAUUCCUUCAACUCCAGCUCUGAAUCUCUUCUGGAAUGUCCUUUGUAUGCAGAUACAGCCACAACAUACCAGGGCUACAACAAAGCUGUCCAUUGCCCGAUUGCGCCUGAAUUCUGGGGAUGAAACUCUCAUUGAACUUUUGAUAUUUAAAACACAUUUUCACACAUGUAUUUUGGUGGACCCUACUGUACAGUAUUUAAUGUAUUUUUAAAAAUAUUGUUUUAUCUUAUUUUAAGAUUUCUAUUUUAAUAUUAUAUAUUUUCUAUGUUUUUUUG